AUGUCGAAUGUGACACAACAUCUUGAAUUCGUGUUACAGUAUACACCUAGGAAGAAAUUACAGAUAUACGAAGCAGUGCUUUGGAUAUGGCCUCGGGAGCCAUGCGAUAUGUUUCCGAAUCGAACGUUCUGCGUCAUAAACAACAUUCUUACACUGUACUCUUUACUUCACAUGCUUAACUUGCAACUGUUGAUGAGCAUUGAGCGGGCUGUAGCCACCAUAUACUUCAACACAUACGAGUCGUGGAAGAAGACAUCGGGAGUCAUCUACAUUUUUCCAGCGGUGCGAAGUGACAAAUGGUUGCAGUGUGUAAUUCCUGGUUUGAUGGUUUCGUACGUCUACAUUGGAGAAUCGUUCAAUGAACCACAUCUCAACAGCUUGACCACCCCGUCUACAGUUGUAGACAGAAUAGCAGUCAUCUCCAUUGUAUCCAUGACUACGAGUCUUAUCAGCAUGGUCAUGCAGCGUAUCCUGGCCAUGGUGAAUAAAAGAAGAAGCUUGAGGUCGGUUGCGUUGUGUUAG